AUGCAUUUUUCAAAAAAAUGAAGGGUCUAUUAUAUAUCUUGCUCAUGGAUUUUGAAAAGAUACUGAAUCUAUUAUAGCAAAUUCAACAAAAAAUGCAGGGACUGUUUAUUUAUCGUCAUAUUCAACAGCUGACUGUGAGUUAACGAGCUUUACCAACAACACUUCUACAAAAAUUGCAGGCGCUGUCAGAGCUGAGGGUAG